UAGGGAUACGGAGUAUCUGUCAUGGCCGACGUUCUCUGGGAGAGUAGUUUUGGUCAGGCCGCAUCGGCGAGCGGUACGCGGUGUGUUUAGUGGUGAAAAAAACAUGGGGCGCGAUAAUGGGCAGACGGUCAAGCGAAGAAGGCGUUAGCGUACUCUCGGUCCUGGUAAAGGACGAUUUAUGCGAGAGGUCCGCGACGAUGGAGUCACGAGCACGGAGGACUCGGUUACGUAGCGUUGUAGGGAUAUGUUUGUUUCUCGCGCUCACGAGCAUCAUUUAUCUCGGCUACUUCUGCCCCGAUCACGUCUGUGCUCUCACGAGCCGCGAGAUCAAGGAGUCCGUGAGAUUGUCCGAGGGUCUGUCCGCUGGUCCCGGCUCCGGUUUGUCUUCCGUUUCCGUCGAAUUCGACAAAAAUGGCCUGCUCUCGGUACAUCCUGCCUUUAGAUUGCAGAGUAUUCAAGGGAGCCUUGGUUACGACGAUGUGUUUACCAAUGAUACCUUUCAGUUUGACAUCAACGGUCACGAUGUCAUCGUUUUCUUGCACAUUCAGAAAACUGGAGGUACAUUGUUUGGAAAACAUUUAGUUAGAGAUUUAGAUCUGCAAAGACCAUGUUCUUGUCAAAGAAGACGCAAGCGUUGUUUUUGUUUCCGUCCAAAUCGCAAUGAAAAUUGGCUUUUUUCACGAUAUUCUACCGGUUGGAAGUGUGGUCUACAUGCUGAUUGGACAGAAUUGACUAGCUGUGUUGAUACAGAAUUAAAUAAAAUUGAAGGGGAUGGCAUAAAGCGUAGAUACUUUUAUAUAACUAUAAUAAGGGAUCCUGUUGCACGGUAUUUGUCUGAGUUUAGACACGUACAAAGGGGUGCAACAUGGAGAGGAGCUCGUCAUUGGUGUGGAGGAACUCAAGCAAAUAUACCACAGUGUUAUCCUGGAUCUAGUUGGCAAGGGGUAUCUUUGGAACAGUUUAUGGCGUGCCCAUAUAAUUUGGCAAGUAACCGUCAAACAAGAAUGUUGGCUGAUCUAUCAAUUGUUGGUUGUUACAAUUCUACGCUCAGCAGCUUGGAGAGAGAUCGUCUCAUGUUGGCUAGUGCUAAGCACAAUUUGCAAUUCAUGCCUUUCUUCAUGUUGACUGAAUACCAGAAAGUGGGACAGUAUUCCUUUGAAGAAACAUUCGGAAUGAGAUUUGCCGUUGCGUUUGAACAACAUAACGCGACGUUAAGCGCUGCCACAAUGGCUACUCUAAGCACGGAGCAGUUAGAUGCUGUGCGUAGAUUAAACAGACUGGAUCUAGAACUGUAUGAUUUCGCAAAAAAUCUUGCGUUCCAAAGGUUCAAACGACUUAGAGAUCGCGAUCCAUACUUUGUACAACGAUUUCAACACCUUGGAGAAUUACCUUCUAGGCAAAGUGCAACGGAAUUCAAUUGGGAUUCUGUCAUAGAAGAUACUACAGAUGUUGAAUGAUAUGUAAGUAUGUUACUGAUAGAUAAUAUCGAUGCUUUGCAUUCAUGGCCGAGCGAGAAAAAUGUUGCUCUGAAUCUGAGUAUCUCAGGGAAUCAUCCUUGAAAGAAAAAAGAAAUUUUACAUAGAAUUAUUAUAUGCGGCAGUGGUCUGCAUAGAACUUACCAAAAGUGUUUAUAGAAAAUAAUGUGGAUAAAACCAAAGAGAGCCCAGAGAGGAUCUUGGAAUAAAUCCUUGGAAUCCUUUUUUGGUAGCUAUAUAUGAAAUGAAAUAUAUAAUCACACAAAUUUUUUUAUGAUUUAUAUAAUGUUCAUUUUUUUUUUUUUUUUUAAAGAGUUCUUCCAUUUAAUGCAAUUUUUGUUUAAAAUAUAUCACGUUUAAACUUGGUCUUUGUUAAUGUUUUUACUUCGUAUAAGACGAAAGCUUGCAGACAGAUUUUUUUAAUGUGUAUUACGAAGUCAAUUCUAGGGAAAAGAUACUAUAAUUAUUUCUUGAAUGCAUACUUACUACUUACAUGAAAAAAUCUAAUAGGGUAUAAAAAAAUGUUAACUUUAAUAUGUUUUACAAAAAUAUAAAUGUCUAGUAUUUCAUAUGAUACUCAAUAUUUUAUAUGUAUUUGUUUUAAUAUUCUUCAAAAGUGAUAAAAAUUAGUUCUAUAAUUUAGUAAUAAAAAUUGAAGCCGUGAAUUCCAAAAUAGCACAAGUCCAUCGAUCAAUAUUUCGAGAAAAUCAAUCUUCUUUUGUUAUUAAUCGUUAUUAAUUAAUCGUUAUUAAAUAAUCAUGUUCUUUGUAAGAAAUUUCGUAAACUUGUGCUGUUUUGGAAAUUAUCGAGUAAUUUAUUAUUGUAAUUUCAGCCAACUUAUUAAAAAAAUGGUAUUUAACAAAAAAACGUGUUUAUUCGCUGACCCAAAUUUUACUGCGUGAGUCAUCAUUCUAGAUUUCUCAGUAAAUCUAUAUUUCUGUAAUAAGUUUUCGAAACAUGCGUGAUGAUUUGAGUUCACCGACUGGCACUCUGCAAGUUUUAAUGACAUCUUAUCUUUAUAAGCAUUUUGCGCACUAAAAGUUGAAACUGGUGUUUUCUUUAAAUUAGAAUAACUGCGUGAUUAGUUGACUCAUCGAUAUAUCAUUGUCGUUGAAAAUUGUCGUGCAGGAUGACAUAUUUGCAUUGUUUAAAAAUGUUAUUAGAUAGAUUUGAGUAAAUUAGAAACAAUUAUGUGAGUGACUCAUAUAAUGUCAAACAGUGGACUUGCCAUUUUUUCAGUGGACUUAUGCUGCUUUGGAAUUCAUGGCUUCAAUUAUUAAUACGAAUUGAUACAUAAUCUUGUUGCUUUAUUUUUUCAUUUCUACGAUUAAAUUUACUUUCAACACAUACCAUAUAUGAUGUGAAUUCUACAAUAGUGGUAUGUUUAAUCGUUAUUCUAUAGUAAAUUAAAAGUAUCAUUUAAGAAAUGUAAUUAUGCCUGCUUCUGUUUAAAAAGAAUUUAAAAGAAAUGAAAUAUUUCUUUCUUUAAAAUUACAUCUGAGGUUAUAAAUUAGAUUACGAUCGAUAUUCCUAAUUAACACGUGAAAGAGAUAAUAAAAGUGACAUAAUAUACAGCAUGUAUAAAAAUCACUAUUUACAGCGGUUUUCAAUGGAAGGAUAAAUAUUACAAAUUAAUUUUGUAAAUAUAUCUAAAAGUCUAUAUUUUUUAAUAGAAUCAUUUGCAGUGUUAUUUGAAUAAAGUGGUAAUAGGAUUAAUAAAAGCGAUUUAUAUAGCUUAAGUGAUAAACUGUUCAUGUGAAUGUUGGAAUGAAUGAUCAUUGGAUAAACGUGUUUAAUAUUAGAUGCUGAUUAUUUGUCAGUGUAACUGUUCACAAAGAUCAUGUUGUUUUAGCACACAUUCCUUUCAGUUAAAUUGUUUUAAUUUGUUACUUACGUGCAAACAUUGAAAGAACCGUAUUUACAGCUUAAUCAAUCUUUCGUUCAAAGGUAAUAAUUAUUGCAUUACAAAAUUAAAUAAAUCGCGUUAAGUUGAAAAUAUCAUGUACUUGUUUAAUAUGUUAGAAUCACACGUGCAAUAAGACUCAAUGGGUUACCAUUAUAAAUAUUUCAUCCAGUCAUCAAAUAAAUGUAAUAUAUUCUAUGUACAUUAGAUAUAUUUAGAUAACUAGCAUUAAAUCAUUGCGAAGCAAGAUGCAAAAGCUCUCUUUAGCAGCGUAUUCGUCGAUUACGUAAGUGAUCCACGAACGUUUCCAAACUUCAGCGAUUAAUAGAAAUGCGUGGCACACGUAAACUUUCACAAAUGUUCAGAAACGUUCGUGAGCGUUGCUGAUGUCGUCGUAUAAUUACAUUUCAAAUGAAAUUCGUUAUCAUUUGUGUCUAGCGCAAAGAAAGAGAACAUCAUCGACGAAAAAUGUUCACGGAUCUUGUUGUUGUUCGUUAGCAUUUAUAUGGACCAGUGUUCAUCAUAAAUGCUAUGUAAUAUAAUGCUUAUGUAAUAUCUCCAAAUGCUCACAAACAUUUAUGAACAUUGUAUGCGUCCGGUGAAUACGUGGGUUUUAACGUGUACCAUUAGUCUUCUGUAUGAUUACCACGUUUAUAUUGUAAGUUGAAUCAUAAAAUGAGUGCCAUGAGUGAUAUAAAACAAAUGGAUCUGUUCUUUUAGCUUUGCUAUUAGAAAUGGUUUAUAUUAACUGGAAAAGUAUAUCAUCUUUUCUAACGUUCUUAAAUUUCAGGCUUUCCAUGGCCUAUGUUAAAUGUGUUUCUUUUUUGGUGACUUGUGGUUGAUAGAUAGUAGUUGUUGAUAGGUUGUGAUAGAUAGUAGUAUCAAUUUAAUUUUUGACAAAAUGAAGUAUAAUGUUUUUGGAGUAUUAUUUAAAAGUGUAGACAAGAAUUAAUUUGGUACUAUUAUCAUUCAGACGUGAACAACUUAUGGGCAAUCUAUUUAUAAAUAUAUAUAUAAUAUUAAGUAUGUAAUAUGAUUAAUGAUAAUGAUCAUUUAAAAGUAACGUUAAGGACCAAAGAUUUAAUAAGUUUUUACAAAAAUGCAGAGAGCUUGUUAAAAGCAAUUGUAAAAAGGAAACUUUUAUAUGUUCUUAAACAAAGUGAUCAUUAUAAUUGCAAUAAGUGAAAAGAUGUAUUUCAAGAUCUUUCCACUUGAUAUAUAGGUACAAUAAUAUAAUUAGAAGGUAUCUACUUGGAUGAAAACACAAAUGAUUGUUUAAGCAACUGAUGCACAGGAACAGAUUUUUAGCAAUAUAUCGCUAUUUUCGCGUACUUGCCUUCGCUAUACGCUAACAUCUUCGAAAUAAUUGAGAAAUAAUCGAACUUAAAUCACACAGGGUGUGCAGUAUUUUAAAAUUAACAUCACAUAUUUAGGAACGUCGUGUAUUAUUUUAUCGAAUCUUUUAAGUUUCACUAAUUACAUGUAUCUCUGCCAUUUUUUCAUCGUGUUAGUAUGUUUAUCUCAUUACGUGUGCAACAGGAUGCUUGUGACUAUAACAUUUAUGGGGUUGAUAGUUACUUGCAUUAUCAGCAUUGUAAAAAUGAACUCAUACUCGUCAGAUUAGCGUGAAUGAAAGGCUAGCUUUAAUAUGUAAUAUGAAAUUUUUAGCAUGAAUUUAAGUUGUAAUAAAAGAAAAAAAGAAUAAUAAGGACAAAAAUCCAUGACAGUAGCCUAAUAAAGCAAAAUAUAGGCCUAAGCCAAUGGUACCUUAUGUAAGCCAGCCAGUGUACAUACCAUACCAUUAAAUCAUUAAGGAACAAUAAAUUGUUGUGUACACAAUAUUAUAUACAAUCUUAUACAGACAUAUAUAUAUAUAUAUAUAUAUAU